GUAUUUGCUUUCCAUACACCAAUCAUCACACGCUCACCCAAGAAAAUCUAGUCUGAAAAGCUACAAUGGCUUCUGCUUUCGCUUCCUCUGCCAUUGCAGCCGUGGCCAUCUCUUCCCCCAGUUCCCAAAAGACUGGAUGUUUAGUGGGUGCAACAAAAGCUUCUUUCCUUAGUGGGAGGAAACUGAGAGUGAGAAGCUACACAGCAGCCAGCGGAAGGCGUUCACUUUCGGUGUGUGCCGCAGUGGCUGAGCCUGAUAGGCCACUCUGGUUCCCAGGCAGCACCCCUCCUCCAUGGCUUGAUGGCAGCCUCCCUGGAGACUUUGGUUUCGAUCCUCUCGGUCUCGGAUCUGAUCCUGAGACCCUGAGAUGGAACGUACAAUCAGAGAUUGUGCACUGCAGAUGGGCAAUGUUAGGCGCUGCGGGUAUUUUCAUUCCAGAGUUCCUAACAAAGAUUGGCAUCCUCAACACCCCUUCAUGGUACACUGCUGGAGAGCUGGAAUAUUUCACUGACACCACCACCCUCUUCAUUAUUGAGCUCAUUUUAAUCGGCUGGGCAGAGGGAAGACGGUGGGCUGACAUCCUCAAGCCAGGGUCCGUAAACACCGACCCCAUCUUCCCCAACAACAAGCUCACAGGCACAGACGUCGGCUACCCUGGAGGGUUAUGGUUCGACCCACUUGGCUGGGGAAGUGGUUCUCCUGAGAAGAUCAAGGAGUUGAGGACAAAAGAGAUCAAAAAUGGGCGGCUCGCAAUGUUGGCCGUCAUGGGUGCGUGGUUCCAACACAUAUACACCGGCACCGGACCCAUCGACAACCUUUUUGCCCACCUUGCUGACCCUGGCCAUGCCACCGUAUUUGCUGCUUUCACCCCAAAGUGAGGAGCAAUGUAUGAUCGAUGUGUAGUACUAUGAUUACAAGUGUGGGAGUAAGAAAAGGAGGCAGCUUAAAGGAUUUGUGUUUUCAGAAAAGGAAUGUUUGUACCAAUGGAACAUGCGUGUGUCUUUGUUUAUGUCUUCCAGAGAAUGUUCAUUGCAAUGUACAAAUGCCUCUUUUAACUUAGAGAGAUGCCGUGAAUAUAAUUAAGUUCAGGUGGUAAUUAAAUUUGCCCAUA